AUGGGUCUUACAAAGAUCGAAACAUCAUCUUCAUCAAAAUCCAACCAUUCCCCUGUAAAUAAUAUAAUCAUCAACAUCCUCCUCCUCUGCUGCUUUCUCACAGCUCUCUUAUGGAUCCUUCCUUCUUCAUCUCUCUUUCAUCCCUCCAAUUACCCAAUAAACUUUCCCACGCCCACUUUCGUUUUCAUCCUUGGCAAUCUCAUCGUCGUCCUUCUCAUCGGAGAAUCCAAGGUUUUUUCAUCAACAACUCCGGACCCUUUCGGGUUUGAUAUUUGCUUUUACGAUGGGAGUUUUCGAGAGACUUUGGUUAGUGAAGGGGAUCACAAGAGGACUUCUGAGAGCUUUGAUGAGGAGGAUGAGUGGGAAAUUGAAUCGGUUAAUUCGGAGGAAUUGAGUAAAAGGGCUGAUGAUUUUAUUGCCAGAGUUAAUAUGCAGAGGAAGAUUGAAGCUAUGAUGGUUAUGUAUUGUUGUGAUAUGAUGACGAUGAAGAAACGAUAUACAAAGAAAUACUAUUAA